GACAUUUGACACUGUUUUUUUGUUUUGAUUUUUCCUGUUUUUUUUUUUGUUUGAGUUUUGGAAUUUCGAAUAUUUUCAUGUACCUGUAUACUAAUGUGUUUUUGUAUUGAAGCCAGUUAAAAAAUUAGUAUUACAUAAAAAUGUCUGAAUUUGGAGCUGCUCUGCAGGCUUAUAAUCAAGAAAUCGUAAAAUGCUUAGAAGAAUUGAAGAGGAAAAGAGAAGAAAUGUUGGAUAUAAUAUGCAAGCAAGAAACAAACAAAUCUGUAUUAGAAAGGAAUAUCAAUGUAUUAAAAGGGAAGCUAGAUGUGUUAAAUGAAAGAUUGGAUAGAGAUAAAAGUAUAUUUGAACAAUAUGAACAUACGAUUAAAGAAACAGAGGAGGGGUUCAAAAAGUCGAAGGGUAUCCUAUAUCCAUGAAACCGAGAUGACCACUCCACAUAUAACACUAUUUUAGAAAGCAGUCAAGCUCUACUACAGCUAGCACAACAUGAAACAGUUAAAUUAGAACAAAGUUCAGAUUCAGUAUCUGAUACUACGGCAUUAAAUCACACAACAAAUUCUACAUAUGGUAUUCAUUAUUAGCAAUAAUUCUUAAUUUUGUAUAAUAUUAAUAACUAAUUUUUUGUACUACUUUUUUUAGUCUUAAGUAUCAAAAAUAAAAAUGAUAUAUGAAAGUUACAACUUUAUUCUUAAUGAUUAUAAUGUAUAUAGCACAGAUAGUACAAU